AGGAACUUGCGCUGGCCUUGCAAUGUCAAGGGAGGGGGCUCACCCAGGGCUCCUGUAGCUCAGGGGGCAGGCCUGAGCCCUGCGCCCGCCCCGAGACCGUCCAGCCCCCGACGGGGCGCCCGUCCUGAGGGGCACCGCACUGGCCCCCACCGAGGCAGGGGAUCUGACCGGCUCGGAGCUUGGCUGGAUGUUACAGGCGUGCAAAAUGGAAGGGUUUCCCCUCGUCCCCCCUCCAUCGGAAGACCUGGUUUCCUACGAGACCGACCUGUACCAACGCCAGACACACGAGUAUUACCCCUAUCUCAGCAGCGAUGGGGAAAGCCACAGCGACCAUUACUGGGACUUCCAUCCCCACCACGUGCACAGCGAGUUCGAGAGCUUCGCCGAGAAUCACUUCACGGAGCUGCAAAGCGUGCAGCCCCCCCAGCUGCAGCAGCUUUACCGCCACAUGGAACUGGAGCAGAUGCAUGUCCUCGACACCCCCAUGGCGCCGCCCCACGCCGGCCUCGGCCACCAGGUGCGUGCCAGCGCCGGCCCCCUCCUCCGGGAGCCCGCCAGGCCUGCGGUGGGGCCCGGGAGCUUCACAGGAAGCUGACACAGGCUCUUACCCAACCCGGCUUCCUGCCCCCACAGCACCAACGGCGGCCGGAGCCCCAACGGCUGCCGCCUGACCCCCCGACUGACCUCCAAGAAGAAGAUCCGCCUGUACCAGUUCCUGCUGGACCUGCUGCGCAGCGGCGACAUGAAGGACAGCAUCUGGUGGGUGGACAAGGACAAGGGCACGUUCCAGUUCUCGUCCAAGCACAAGGAGGCCCUGGCGCACCGCUGGGGCAUCCAGAAGGGCAACCGCAAGAAGAUGACCUACCAGAAGAUGGCGCGCGCGCUGCGCAACUACGGCAAGACGGGCGAGGUGAAGAAGGUCAAGAAGAAGCUCACCUACCAGUUCAGCGGCGAGGUGCUGGGCCCUGACCCCAGCCCAGCCUCCCGGCUCGGAGCUGACCCUGGCCUCCUCCCCACCUUCCAGGUCUCCUACCUGCCCCGGAUGUGCCUCCCGUACCCGUCCCUGUCCCCGGCCCAGCCCAGCUCGGAUGAGGAGGAGGGCGAGCGACAGAGCCCCCCGCUGGAGGUGUCUGACGGCGAGGCUGACGGCCUGGAGCCCGGGCCUGGGCUCCUGCCCGGGGAGACAGGUGGGGCGUCCAGCCCUCCCCCUGGCCCCGCCCGGCACGGCUGA